GAAGUAACAUGACAAGAGGAAGGAUGCAUUUAAAUUGUUACUUGUGUGCUUUUGCAAUUCGAUAACAUUGUGAAGGGGUUGAAUUGAGAAAACGAUUUGUUGAAUACAUCCAAAAUGCAGAUCACCACAACUUGUACAAUCCUCUUUAUUUUGAUAUUAAAUAUGUUGUGUACAGGCCAAGAAAAGACUGACUGGAACAUCACCUUCCAUCCACCAGAAGUUACUGCAGUUACAGGAUUGUGUGUUCUCAUUUCAUGUACCUUCACUUAUCCAGAUGAAGAAAAACCUAGUAAUCUUCGGUGGAAUGCGUGUAAUAAAAAAGGUGACUGUAGUGAAAUAUUCAACUUUAAAAAGUUGACCGACGAAAACGUGAAAGAAAAUAAAUCAAGACGGAUUGAGAUGCUUGAACACGAUCUGACCAAGAACAACUGCAGCAUCAUCAUGAACAACAUAACAGCAAAUGAUAAAAAAUAUUAUAUGCUCAUACUGGAGGAGUCUAGUCGAAACACUUCUAACCUCACAGUUAAGAUCACCAUCCAAGAUAAGCCUAAAAUGAAGGUUCCUCUUCUCAUUGAAGGACAGAAGGCCAAUCUCAAAUGUUCAGCUCCUUUUCCUUGUCCUGAAACUCCUCCUAAAAUAACAUGGUGGAUCAAGACAAGAGGGGAAAACAUCACCUAUCUAAAGGAUAACAUCAUCCUGACCAACUCCAAAAGCCUUUACAAUUCUACAUUGACCUUUACUCCAACCUUUGACCUGCACGAUGCCAUUGUAGCAUGUGAAGUGAGCUACGGAAGCAAAACCAUCAGUACAAACAGGACCCUGAAUGUCACGAGUGAUACAAAUGAACUGAAAGUGAACAAGUCCUUCAGUCCUGGAAGUGAAAACAUGCCACAAAGUGACACCACAAAAACUACAGGUAUAGAAGAUUUCUUUAAGAAUUUGAACAUCUCAACGAUACUCACAUUUGUGGUGGGAAUGAUGUGUUCGGCGCUCAUCUACUCAAUGGUUUUGUGUUGUUGGGUGUUUUGCCACAGAUGCAAACACAAAGCGCCAACUGCAAAUACAGAGACUGAAGACAAUUUGGAGAUGGUGCAGACAGACGUAGUUCAGACUGGAAUCAAUGAGCAAACACCUCUUCAUGGACAGCUUAGUGGAGGGAACCCAAACACGGCUGAACCAACAGACAGAGCAGAGGUAGACGAAGCAGUCGGGGUGGAAGCAGGAGAGGUCGACUACGCCAGCAUCGACUACUCCCUUUUAAAGGCUAGACCGCCUGAGGAGCAAGAGACAGAACCUACAGACACAGACUAUGCUGAGAUCAAGAGGGACAGGAGAGGAGAUGGGAAGGAGAAGGAAGUCCUUCAGGAUGAAGAUGACCAGCUUGAAACACCCAACCAGAUGGAUGGAGAAUAGGGAGCUUAUUCUAACUCACAGGAGCUGAAAAGUUAAGGACCUACAGUCUUAAAUACAACCAACAAUAUUAGAACUUUUAAGAAAAUGUUUAUAUAUUAUGUUCAGAUGCUUAUAAUUAAUGUUUUAUUUUUGAGCUUUUAUGUGUCUAUCUUAAUAGUUUCAAAUUAAUAGCUGCAUGCAAU